AUACGUGCCAUGUCUAUGAACACGCCAAGAAGUCGUCGCUGUCGUCUGAGACAGAGAGAGGGGGAGUAAAUCCUGAAUCUUGAUUGGUUAACAACAACGCAAAUGUCCAAUAAUUUCUAGAAGAAAAUGGCCUUUUGCAGUCCAAUAUAGUUUUGCAAUCCUUUAUGCGUAUAUUAUAACCAGACACAUACAUAAAUUCUCCAAUAUAAUACUUUCGAUUCUCAUCUCUACCGUCUUCCAGAUCUCGACCAGAUGGCGGAGGGAAAUGCGCAAUCGAGAUACGUGAAGCUGACGAAGGAUCAAGCGCCAUUGGAGGAUAUCACUCCGGGAGAGCUCAACCAGCCCAUUGAAGUCCCUCAGUUGGUGGUUCAUAAAUGUACAGAAUGUGGGCAGCCUUUACCUGAAAGCUAUGAACCUCCUGCUGAUGAAGAUUGGACGACUGGGAUUUUUGGCUGUGCGGAGGAUACCCAGAGCUGUUGGACCGGACUCUUUUGUCCGUGCGUUUUAUUUGGGCGCAAUGUCGAGACAUUGAGAGAAGACAUUCCUUGGACAAAUGCGUGUGUUUGUCAUGCCGUUUGUGUUGAAGGCGGGAUGGCAGUUGCAGCAGCAGCAGCCCUCAUAAAUGGAAUAGAUCCCCAUACGACAUUUCUCAUCUGCGAGAGCCUGGUAUUCGCGUGGUGGAUGUGCGGCAUCUACACAGGUCUGUUUCGACAAUCAUUGCAGAAGAAAUACCAUCUUAAGAAUUCGCCUUGUGACCCUUGCCUGGUCCAUUGCUGUAUGCACUGGUGUGCCUUGUGUCAAGAGCACAGGGAAAUGAAGAACCAUCUAUCUGAUAGUGCUGCUUCACAGAUGACCAUUGUUAACCCUCCACCGGUGCAAGAGAUGCACUCCGACGAGAACAAGGACCCCGAGCGUUCUGCACCAUCCAAACAUGGCGAGCAAACCAACAUGGAGAUGCAGCCUUUGUAGGAUUCUGAUUUUGUUGUAUCCAAAUACUUUUUUUUAUUUUUUAUUUUUUAUUUUAUUUUUUACCCUUCUUACACGUAGCCUACCCCAAUUAAAUUGGGAUUAAGGCUUGUUGUUGUUGUUGUUGUACCCUUCUUACACGUCUUUUUUAUUUGGGACUGGAGGGAGUCAGCCCGUGCAGAGUUUUGAUAUAGCCAUUUAGCAUAAUGUCGAUGUCAAAACUGCUCAAGAAAACCUUUUCAUGAAGUUUUCUAGGGAAGCAACUUAAAACUCUUGCUUUACAACAAUGAGAUAACACUAUUUCCAAGGAAGUGGGGGCAAAGGGAGGUUGAUUGAAUUAAAGCAAUUGGGUGCCCUUAGUUUGAGCUUGGCAGCUCCAAAUUGAGUAUGAAUCU